AUGGUUCCACAAUCAGGUCACUGCUCGAAAGUGCUUGAACAGUUUUUGCGAUCAAAUGAUGGUUUUUUGAUAUUUCAUAGUCAACAACAACUGAACACUACUCGUAGACUUUUGGUACUAGAUUCGUCUUUCAAUCCACCACAUGCCAGUCACUAUAAUUUGGUCAAAACGGCAUUUCAGCACUACCAAAGGCAAGGUGAUGAACUUCAAGUUCUUUUACUACUAUCCAUCAACAAUGCGGAUAAAGGGGUUCACCCAGCCACAUUUGAUAGAAGAAUGGACAUGAUGUGUAUUAUGGGAGAUCUCCUCAGAAGGGAAUCGAUCAAAACUUCGAUAGGCCUAACCAAAUUUGGGAAGUUUGUCGAUAAAUCGAAAGUUAUACAGACUUCGUUGGGCGAACACUUCAAAAUUACAUAUUUGGUGGGCUUCGACACAAUCAUAAGAGUAUUUGACUCAAAAUACUACAAACCGGCAUUAACGGCAGAAGCUUUAAGUUUGUUUAUGAAUGUGACUGACUUCUAUUGCCUGAGUAGAAAAUGCGACAUCCCCUUGGUCCGGCAAUUAAACUAUCCAGUUGAUAUUGCCAAUGGAAUUUACGAACCAAAUAUCCCUAGGUCAUGGAGUGAAAAGAUCACAGUUAGAGACAAUGACGAUCUUUUGUCUGAGGUUUCAUCUUCCAUGCUUAGAAGGUCGAUAUUCGAUCCCAAUGUAGAUGACACACCAUUCGUUUUACCGGAGAUUCGAGAAUAUAUUCUCAAUGAUCACGCCGGAAACAACAUCUUCCAAUAG